AUGGACGGUCCACCGCCGCCGCCGCCGCCUCAUGGCGAAAACCCCCAUACGACUGAAGGCGAAUAUCGCAAAUCCUCGGACCUGCCAGAUGGCAACUACGACAUCUUUAUCGUCCCACCUCACUCCGCUGGCUCGGGCUUCCUCUACCUUCCGUCGCUGCAGUGCAACCGAAACAGUUUCCUAGCGGGUGUCGCGAGCACACUGCUCGCAUGUUUCGUGUGGUCAUACAUCUCCCCGAUUGUGAAGGCAUGGUAUCUAGCCACGGUCGCUAGCGGCAGUGGUACAGGUAUGGCAGUACUUGCGAUCGGGGUGGGUGUCGCUGGAUGGCUUUUUGGUUCCAUGCAGUCUACCAGCUCUGGAGACAAUAAAAGCAAUGGCGGUGCUCGAGGUGGGCGAUUCGGAUUUGGUGGCUUUGGGGGUAGUUCUGGGGGCCCGGGUGGCCCCAGGAACGCCGGUCGAAACGCCAACCAACAGUCAUCGGGGGCCAAUUACGGCGGCAACGGGGCGGGUCAGCAAGGGCAACAGGGAGGAAACUUUGGUGGAGGACAAACCCACGGCAACCAAUAUUCCGGUAAUCAAUAUGGCUCUGGUCCUCCUCCAAGUUCUGAUAAUAACAAACGUGAAAAGGAGGAGGCUGAAAAGCGAGCCAAGGAAGAACGAGCGAAAGAGGAACGAGCGAGGGAGGAGCGAGCAAGGGAGGAGCGAGCGAAGGAACAGCGUGCUCGGGAGGAACGUGCUAGAGAGGAGCGCAUUAGAGAAGAACGAGCGAAGGAGCAGCGCGCUAAGGAACAGCGUGCUAGGGAGGAACGUGCUCGGGAGGAACGUGCUAGAGAGGAGCGCAUUAGAGAAGAACGAGUUAAGCAAGAGCGAGCUAGAGAGGAACGUGCUAAGGAAGAACGUGCUAAGGAAGAGCGUGCCAGAGAAGAACGCAUCAAGGAGGAGCGUGUCAGAGAGGAGCGGGCUAAGGAACGAGCCAGGGAAGAAGCUGAACGGGAGCGAGCAAGGGAAGAAACGAAGCGCAAAGAGGAGCUACGCCGAAAGAUGGAAGAGUUCAAACGCAAGCGUGAUGCAGAGGCCAAAGAAAAAGAGAAGAAGCGCGAGCGCGAAGCAAUGGAGAAAGAAUUACAGGAACGGCGCGAGCAGCUCGAAAGGGAGAUGGCUGCUGCAAGGGCCGCUGCAGAGAAGGAGGCACGCGAUCGACUGGAGAAGGAAGCCGCAGAGGCCCGCGAGAGACAGGCAAAGGUCGAAGCUGAGGCGAAGGCCAAACUCGCAAAGUUGGAAGCAGAAGCCAAGGAGAAGGCUGCCAAAGAAGCCGCUGAGAAAGAAGCCGCCGCAAAGGCCGCCGCCCAGAAAGAAGCCAUAGCCAGAUUCGCGGCGCUCAAGGAAGCAGCAAGCAAGAAAUACGCCGAGAAGAAGGCGCAAGAUGCAAAGAAAGAGGCUGCUGCCAAAUCACCGCCGCCGAAGCCAGCUAGUACUAGCAAUCUGCCUCGCACACCUUCUCCCAAAAAGCCAGCCCACCCGGCCGCAAAAACUGCCAACGAUGACGAUGCGUACUCAUUUCGCCCCUACGACCGACCACGGCGGCCAUAUGCGGCCGGCACAUCAGUAUACUCCGAGUCUUCAUAUGCACCUUCUCACUCAACUGCGCGCACAACACCUCCCCCUCACAUCGCAGAUCCAGAUAAGAUCGUGAUCCAAGGCGUAUACGCAUUCAACAAUGCCUUUAUGAAGACACCAGUGGCGCAACUUGUCUCAGGCCAAGGCAUGAUCACCGAUGGGCUGGUACUACGUAUCACAACCGAAGGUCUCUUUAUCGACGAUGACCUCCGCGGCAUCGGCCAGCGUGAGUGGGACGUCAAGGCAUGGACCCUCAAGCUAGCGGAGGUGUGGUGUCCACAAGUGAACACCACUGCAUCCGCCAAAACCGCGUCCAGCAACCCUUUCUCUUUCCGUCGUGGGAACAACGUCCCCACCAACGAAGAAUCGGAGGCCUUUCUUGGAAACUUGCUUAAAGUAUGCAAGAAUACUUGCCGGCUGGCUUCGCCAAGUGCGUGCUUCGCGCGCAGCGCUACUGCCAGUCAUGGUGGUGGCCCUGUUCACGCGCCCCAGGCGGAAUUUCGUGGUUUGCACAUUCUCCGCGCCAGUGUCCGUGACCAAGAAGGCAAAAAGUAUGUCUUUGUAUUGCAGGAUACUGAGGCCUGGAAGGUCGCCGUCGGUCUCCAGCGGCUCCGGGCUGGUGCUCUGGUCCGCGCGCUUGGUGUCUCCGCCCUGCCGGUCCCUGAAUGCAAAACUAUGCUCAGUGCUCUCGGUUAUGUUUGA